UUGAGACCCAAACUUGCUCUCUCCUUGGUGCUGGGUCUGCCUCCAGCAGAGCGGACCUUUUGCUUCCUUGCUGCAACAGAGUACAAGGAUCAGCGAGAGCAGCUGCAGCAAUUCUAGGAGAUUUUGCAAGACUUUAUUUCCACACACACACUUGCUGCAGCAAGAACCAUUUGCUCACCUGUCUGCAAACAUAACAACUGAAGCCUCAAAACUCUUCCUCAACCAAGACUACCACUGCUCUUUGGAAAGACAGCUGACCAGGAAGCUCAGUCAAAUGGUUCCAAGAAAUGGAGCAGUGUAAGAAGUCAAGUAAGGGAGAAUGAGGGACACGAAGAUCUUCAUUCUCCCUGUAUGGUUUUUAAUGGCUGAAGUUUAAUAUUUUGAAGAAACAGCCUAAAUAAUUUUGCUUUUGCCAGCAGACUUUUUUAUCCUUAAGGAAAGAGGACCUGAUUUCACAUGAACUGCCAAAUCUAGGAACACAGACCUUACACUGAACUACUAGGGGUAUGUAGAUGGAAGAGACCCAUUUUGGAUGGCUAAGUUUUUGAUGGGGACAUGACUAUAUUUUUAUUUUUACAAAUACCUUUUUCUUCUCUACCAAGAAGGCAGACUAGUAAUCAAGUCCCUCCACUCUGGAGCUGUUAAUUCCGCCCCCCCCAAGAGUACAUAUUAUUUUUGGGAGAAAGUUUACUGGGACAGAAAUGAGACAGUGAAGAGCUCUACACUUAAUAUACAGCCAAUUACAGUAAGUGCAGAUCCUCAAUCAGCCUGAACUGGGAAAUCUUAAUUCUUUAUUUUUUUUAAAAAAAAAAUAAGACUCUCCUUCAAUGUGUCUGGAACUUCUGGGGAUUGGAGUCGGCAUGAAUUUUGGACUGCUUUUCGUGUCUCUCUGUUACCUGCCUCUCAUCAGCAGUGAGGGAGACCCCAUCCCUGAAGAAAUAUAUGAACUGCUGCGUGACAGCUCGGUGCGCUCCAUCAGAGACCUCCAGCAGGUCCUGCAUAUAGAAUCCGUAGAUGAAGAUACCUCUACUUCAUACAUGAAUUUCACCAAAGUACAUGCUGGUGAAAAUCUUGUUCCUUUGUCCCGUGGAAGACGAAGUUUAGGCAGAGCAGAACCUAUUGAGCCAGCAGUAAUUGCUGAGUGCAAGACACGAUCUGAAGUCUUUGAAAUCUCCCGGAGCAUGGUGGAUUCAACCAAUGCCAAUUUUCUUGUGUGGCCACCCUGCGUGGAAGUGCAGCGGUGCACAGGCUGUUGCAAUACCCGAGCAAUGCAAUGUCGUCCCACACAGGUGCGGGUGCGGCAUAUCCAGGUAAGUAAGAUUGAAGUUGUUGGAAAGAAGCCAGUCUUUAAUAAAGCAAUUGUAGCCUUAGAAGACCACCUGGAAUGUCGAUGUGAGGCAGUAUCACCCCAACUUCCCAACUGGGCCAAUUCCCGUGAACACAGAGGUGGGCCCGCAGUGAGUGCUGGAACAUCUCUUCCAGCAAGGGCAAGAGCGCACAGGUUGCUGCCACGAAAGAGGAAGCAUCGAAAGUUCAAACACGUACAUGAGAAGAAAGUGCUGAAAGAAAUUUUCCCAGUGUAAAAAUGCUGGCAGGCAAAAGUACAAAUGUCAGGUUUAUUUAAUAUAUUUGCUGUUUAGCCCCCAUGGGGUUAUCAAGAGUUUCUCUCCGUCCAUCUGCCUCAGUGCCCUUUUGGACGGCUAAUGGUGCUUCCUGAUUCCUCAUUCGCUGAAUGUUUUCUCACCAAAGUUUGCCAUUCAAGUUCAUAAUGGCAUUACAUUCACCUCUUGUAGAAGAAAAAGGACAGAGGAAAUAAAGAAAAAAAACACAGCAAUGGGGACGGACAACAUGCUUUUUGCUGCAACGAACAGUUUCGAAAUGUUGCAGACUUGUGGUUCAAAUGCAUUUUGGAAGUGGUGGGUUUUGAGAAAACAGGAGUAUUACAAGGUUAUUUUUCCUCCUUUUUUUUCUUGCCCCACCGUGGAGUUAACUGGGCUCAGGUCGUAUACUGUGGCAGUGAGCAUGUCAAAAUAGUCAGUAUGGCAAACAGUGACAGCAGAUGCACUAAGGACUUUUAAUGUCAUGUUUCCACUGAUACGUUUAAUGUCUUCAUGUAUAUUUCAUUUUUCAUGCCAUGCCCUGGGGAACUGAAGCAAUGAAUACUAAAUACCAAUACCUAACACUUUCUGCAAACAGGCAGGGAGCAGUUAUGUCGGGGGUCCAUCCCACCCACCCCCCAUUCAAGGCUUCCUCAUGGGUCAAAGAGGUAAUUUCUGAAAGUGAUGUUAAGAAAGACUUGGCUCCCCCUGUCAAUUGAAUUUAGAGAUGUUUCUGUUGAUGGAUUUAUAUUGAGGAAAGUAACAAUUGCCACUCAUGGACGAAGCAGGGCUGUUGUGCUAUUUUUGCAACCACUGCCUCCAUAGCUGCUAGAAUAAAGCAUUGCUUUUUAGUAAGCAGGGCCAUAGCAAUGUUUCAGCAUGUUUUUUAACAUUAGGCCAUAUGCAGGCAAUCAGCAUCAUCUCUAUAAAUGAUCUCAAAUGCCAGUGGAGGUAGAGAGGUCUCUAUUUAGGACAACAGAGAGCUCUUGCUACUCCAGAUAAAUAGCAGCAGAUUCAACAGAUCACUGGUGUGAUACAGUUAUAUAGCAUCGGUCUUCAUUUGUAUGUCCCCUUUUUCCCAGACACUGUUAUUACCAUUUCCUCUCUAGCAUAGUCAUUUAUGCGCAGAUGCAGUCUUACACAGGGGCAUCUGUGGAGUUGGGUGGGGGUCAGGAGUAAAAAGAGUAAAGAUGGCAGUUGCACUUGCCAUCUUGACCCCACCCCACCCCCUGGAUACCCCAGGUCUUAUAUUAAUAAUCUCAGGUUAAUAUCCUCCAAUCUGAUGAAAACCAAGCUGUGUAAAGUCUUAGAAAAGCCAUACAAAAUGCUGCCAUUGUGCACAAUGCAUUGGAUAUCUACAGAAGUCAAGUGGUGCUGAAUAUCAUUACACAAAGUGCUGUUGGCCCCAUCAAAAUCCCAAUUGGUAGCAUCUGAUGGAUAUGGCAGAUUUCUCUCCCCUUGUGUCUCCAGCCUUGGGAUCUGCUCUCUUUAAAAGUAUGAUAAGCUGUUCCCUCUCACUAAAGGAUAUAAUUCACUGAAAGUCUUCUAUGAGACAGUAAAACAACAACAAAAGGUAUUCAUGUUAUCAGAAAGGAAAAAAAAGUGGUUUAAUUGUUUGUGGGCCUCUGCUGAGAAAAUACUGAACAACAACAACAACAACAAAAGGGCAGGGAGGGCAUAAUUUCCCCUUUCCAACUACUUUUUAGCCCCGCUCUAUGUUGUUAUAAAAGAGGAAAGGCAAAAAGAAAAUUGCUGAAGUCAUAGAUGGGUAGGCUUUGACCAAGAUUUGGGCACUGAAGCUCUAAUUCUAUGAUUUCUACACUAUUGCCUGCCUCAUGAUGGUAAAAUAUCCUUAAAUUUUAACUGAAAAAUGUUCUAGCUUCAUCCUAAGUCACUGAACACAUGAUAGAGCCCAGCAGUAACACAAAUAUCUUUGUUAGGAGAAUCUUGCCUAAACAGAUGAAACUGAAAAGCUUUUGGCAAGGAGACAUCUCAAGAAGAAAUAAGGCCUUUUGCAAUCUUUAAAAUACGUUAAAUGAGCUAGGCAAACCAUGGUUUGCUAGGAUUACCAGUUCUGGGCCGAAAAACUCCAGCUGAUCAUUAGAUGGCAGAGCAGAGUUACGACUUUCUAUAAUCUCUUUGCUGCUAUCUAAUCCUGAUUUUUGCAGCCCAGGUGGUAGCUCUAGGUUCAUUCUGUAAGCCACAUUUGGGUUGGUUUCUAGCCCUAAGACAUUAGCUAUGGUUUUUAGAUUACAAAGGCUGAGAUUAUGCAACAUGUUAAGCCAAAUGCAAACAACCCACACUAUAAUGUUGUAGGAUGUACAAAUUGAACAACCAUCUAUCUUACUCCACCUGAGACAAAAGGAAAGAUCCUACAAUCAGGCAAACUAAGUAGAAGCUACUGCAGAAACAUGGGGCAACUAGAACUCUAAUAGGAGAAGAUUGUUUGUCUUGUUUCCCUGCCCGAUGAAGAAUUGUCCAAAUAAACCUUUUCCUCCCUUGCUCCAUUUUCAGUCCAUCUGCCUAUUGAGAGAGAAUGGAAAGGGAAAAUUAGCUGGAGUACUUAGUUCACCUCCUACUUCAGAUCUUGUCCAAAGAGAAUGGGGGCCAAUAAUCUUGACCUUCAUUUCAGUAGUGCUACUGAUAUCCAGUGCCCUAGAUCAUUUUUUAUAACACCUCUUGCAUUGAUUCCACCCAGUUUUUCUCUUACAAAGACAUCUGUGGUGCUCUUAUACCUGAUAAGACUGAGAUUGGUGAUCAUUAGUAAAUAAAUUACUUGUUUAUUUAGCCAGAUUGUACUGGUUAAAAAAAAAAAAAGCAUUAGAACUAUAGCUGUGGUCACUCGAUAUAAUUCCAUGGCAGCAAGAUGUAUGAAAAAUCCGCUCAAAACAGUUUGGAAAUACCUGUCUCUUCUCACGUUAUACUCAAUGGUUUAUUUCUGACAUUAAAACACUUGCUAUUCAGUCCUAUUUUGCUUUGUUUUCAAAGGCUGUUUGUUUUCUGCAUAAUUUCAUUUGUAAGGCAGGAGAGGUCCUUCAUCAUCCCCCAUUUUAUGUACAAUUAAUUUAUACUCUGUACUGUAUUUAAAACUGUUUUUAAAAAAUCUUAAAACCCAAAAUCUCAA